AGUUUUUAAGCAACUUUGCACGAUUCAGGGUAGCUGUCCGGGCUGAGGAGCUGAUGAGGCUGCAGCGUAUUGACUGUGAAUUGAAAAACAGUACUUCUGUAAAGGAGUAGAAAAACAACAAUGACGAUGUCAGCAUUCAGUUUUCUCCUUGCUCUGGCCAUCGCUGGAACCCACGUGUCACACAGUGAAGAAUCUCCAACAUCUGAGGAGAACACAAUGAAAAACAUAGAGUCCAAAGUGAACGAUUUAUGGCAGAGCCUGCUUCAUCCAGUGGCCUUCGUAGCAAAAGAUGCAGAAUUAGUGUAUGCAUCAUGUGAAAUGAAACCAAGCACCAAACUGGAAGAAGGCAAACCACAAGUUACCGGGAAGGUGCUUUUCAAGCAAGCUUACCCUCAGGGGAGACUGGAAAGCAUCAUUAACCUGGAGGGAUUCCCCAAAACAAGUAAUCAGUCAAGAGCGAUCCACAUUCAUGAGUUUGGGGACCUCAGCGAUGGCUGUGAUGCUGCCGGAGGUCAUUUCAAUCCAUUCAAGGUUAAUCAUCCAAGGCAUCCAGGUGAUUUUGGCAACUUCUUGCCCAAAAACAGCCAGAUAAAAACAUUAAAGAAAAACAUCCAAGCAACUAUGUUUGGACCUAAUUCGUUCCUUAGCAGGUCCGUGGUGAUUCAUGAGCUGAAGGAUGAUCUUGGGAAAGGAGACAACCCAGCCAGUCUACUGAAUGGCAAUGCCGGCAAGAGGUUAGCUUGCUGUGUCAUCGGAAUCAGCAAUAAAAACCUCUGGGAGAAAACUUCUCAAUCCUUAACCAGCAGCAAGAAGAAGCGAAAUGCCAGAGGGCUCGCAAACAAACAAGCCUAGAUGUUUAGGAACCGGCUUAUCAUUUGUCUACGUAAUUAAAUGUUUGGCUCCAGUGCAACGUUUUCACCAUCUGUUUCAGUAAGGAAUAUACAAUCCUGUUAAUGUCACACAGGACAAAGGAAUACAUUAUACACUCAUAGAUAUCUGGCAUCUGUAAUAAAGUGGCUAGCAUAUUUUACGUUUUGGGACUGUCUUUCAGCAAGCCUGAACUCUGGGCUGCCUGAUUACAACCACCCUCCUCAGGCUGCUCAUAGACUGUCACAAAGCUAAACUGCUUGUGACUUUAUUAAACAGGUCAAAUAUCCAUGUGUGCAGAAGCACAAAGUAACAUAUGUUAUGGGAUAAUAAACUGACAUAAAAUGUAUUGUUUUGCAGUGGAGCACGGUCUAUGUUUUUUUUCACAUGCUUUCAAUCUUUUGUAUUUUGUACUUUACCAUUACAAAACUAAUGCAGUCAUGUUUCUUACAUUUUAUUAAAUGUCUGUAACAUGUAAGACAACUAUUGUGGCAGAUCUUCUGUGUUUUGUACAAAAACAACAAUCUAGAAUCAGAAAAUCCCCAGCCAAUUAAAAAGCUCCAUUAAAUUGUAGAGCCAAUCAGUGACAGAAGGGCAGGGAGAUAUAGUUGUAAUUUGACAUUCCCAUCCACAGUACAGAUUGAAUGCAACAAUAUUAAAGCAGGGCAUAAUUUAAAAGUGUUAAAAUCUGUUCAGAAAUAAAUGCAGAGAUGGUGAAUGGAGGCCGUCUGUUCAAGGCACAUUCAGUUUUACAUUAAGGACUUUCUGAAUUACUAAACUACCCGUACAUACAAAAUAUUUUAAUGGGAAACUUAAUGAAACAGGGUUGUAUCGUAAAUAGCAGAUGUAUUUUGUCUUUUUAAAGCUGGUCAAUUCAAUCAUUUCUCAUUCUUUACCACUGUUAAUUCUAAUCAUGUGAUCCAGUCUAUUCCAAAGUUUAACUGUGGAUUUGUUUUGAACUCUAUGCAACAGGAGUUGCAGUAGUGUUACUAUAACAGCAUAUUAUUGCUUAUACUUUGGUAAAUCAAAUGCUUUUGUCUACAUUGUUAAAAAAAUAAAGCAUGUUUUACACUUUA